UGUCCGAUGAUUGACAGUUCGUGCAAUACCGGUUUAGUCAUGCUGAUAAUCCUUGUUAUUGUAUAUGUGCACAACACCAGAAAUGGGCUUCACACAUUGUACCCAUGUCGGGAACGAGCGAACGCUUUAACCACAAGGCUACCCGACCACCCCUCAGUAUGGCAGUAAAAGCUGUAUUCAAAUGAAGAUUAUAAAUAGUUUACCUGUAGUGACGCGCAACUUAUUUGAGCUUGUGGUAUUAAUUAAGGACAAUACCUGGAUGGUGAAAAAAGCUAUGGUGCAUCUCGAGGAAAACGAUUUUGGUCAUCGGCUCCAGAUAAUGAUUGGUCCGGAAACCGGAAACACACAUUUCAUUGGAUUGGGCCUAAUCACAAUGAUUUAUCGAUAGACGUAAGCACUAUUAAUAGAUAGGACAUACUAAACUGAAAAUGGCGGACGUGGUUUCAAAGCUGAGAGAGCAAGUUACUUGCUCAAUCUGUCACGAAUAUUUUGAUACACCAAAAAUAUUGCCAUGUCUUCAUAGGUUUUGCAAAGCCUGUCUCGCCGACUACAUCAAGUCAAAGGAUGUGACGAUGUUCGGUUUGACGUGUCCAGAGUGUCGACACCCGAGCAAGCCCCAGAACUGGACGCUCUCUAUGACGACGGAGAAAUGGGCAGACAAUUUUCCAACAGAUUUUGUAAUUGCCUCAAUCUGUGAGGAGUUACGCGAAGGUGUAGACACCUGUCCGAAACACCCCCAACAACAGGUGCUCGCGUACUGCCGUGCCUGUGAACUGUGCAUCUGUUUUGUCUGUGCGGCAGUCGAGCACCGGAGGUGUGAAAGAGUUGUCUCCCUUGAAGAGGCAGCCGAUGGCAGACGACGUAGGUAUGACAAACGAGUUGAAAGAUUGAAUGAAGGAAUAAGGAAAGCCGAGGAACGAGUUGAUCUUAUAGAAAACGAACAAAGUGCAUUAAGGCAAAUGCAAGAGGACACAGAAAAUAGCGUUAAAAAGGAAUUUGAUAAAGUGAGAAGUCGCGUGGAUCAGGAGGAAAAGAAAAUAUAUUGCCGACUUGCAACUGAGUUCGCCAACAGGCGCAAACCACUAGAUAGAAAAGAAACGGUUGAAAGAAGGCACAUCAACGGAUCCUCUUCAGCUGAAAUGGAAUUAACGAGACUGAUCAAUAUGAGGUCAGAUGUGGAUUUCAUGGAAACAUCACAACGACAAGCACGAAAGCGUACAUACAUGUAUCUCGAAGAAUUAUCCGACACGGCUAUUAUUCCCGGGACCUAUACGAGUCAGAUACACUGUGUGGUCAAGAUGGCGAAACUGGAUGAAGUAGGGAAACACCUGGAGAAUAUUCUGCCCAGGGAACUGGUCCAGACGCAAACCAGAAAUAAGGAUGUGAUUUCAUUUAUCCAUAAGAUCAUGGACCCGUGAAGAUCUGGGUAAGAAUAGGUCUUCAGAAACUCAUGUAUGCCGUAAAAGGCGACUCUGCUUGUCGUAACAGGCGACUAACGGGAUCGGGUAGUCAGACUCGCUGAUUUGGUUGAUGCAUGUCAUCGUAUCCCAAUUGUGUGGAUCUAUGCGCAUGAUGUCAAUCACUGGAUUGACUGUCCCGGACUUGAUUAUUUGCAGACCGCCGUCAUACAGCUGGAAUAUUGCUGAGUGCGUUGUUAAACAACAACCAACAAACAUUAAGAUCACGAAGUUGUACAUAUUAUAUAUGCAAAUGUACUAUCUAUUUUGUAUUAAUGUUUUUCCGUGUAUCGUAAGCUUUAUCGCUGGAUGUAAGCGGCGACUGUCAUUCUCAUUCUCGCUGACUUGGUUGGUGCAUGCCAUCGUAUCCCCAUGUCAAUCACUGGAUUGUCUGGUCCAGACUCGAUUAUUUACAGACCGCCCUCACAUAGCUGGAAUAUUGCUGAGUGCGGCGUAAAACAACAAACAAACAAUCUUUUAAUUUUGCUACAAAUUAAAAUUAAAUAAAACUGACAGAAAAUAUACACAUAGUAAACAGUUGAAAACUUGGAGAACCAGUGAAAUAUGGUUUACACUUGUCUUCUGGACUAGUCUUAAAACAUAGUGUCUAAGGCUGACUAUACCACUCUUGCCUCAAUAAUUCCAAGACAUUUAUGGACUCUAAACGGAUAGUAAGCAUCCUCAAGAUGCCAAGACAUUUCCGUCGCCAUGGUGAUGUGAUAAUAAACCAGAAUCUUCUAUUUACACGCAUGGUGAGCCUGGUUCGGAAACACUGCUUCAUUGAUGCUUUUUCUCACAUGGGGAAAUAUUUGAAUGGCAACUAUGAACCAACGUGUACGUGUGUUCAGAGAAACAUGAUUCGUGGUUUAUGUUAUAUGCAUGUGACGAUGUAUGUCACACUGUCUGCACUCUUGUAGGUAAGCUCUCUCACCAACCCAAGAGCAUUAUGUAUUAUUAAACAAUCAUCCCCCGUUCCAAUUCUACCCCUAUCCAAGCUCUAGCAGCCUGUUCUCACGUUCGUUUCAGCUCCUUAAUUUAAGUGUUCUUAUUAGAAUUAUUCAUUCAUAUUUAUUAUUUAAUCUUAUACAUAACUAUACUGCGGGGACUAAAUGUUAGUUCAUCUUGUCUUGACAGUCCUCGGUUAGUUUUCCAGAUCAGCAAUCCAAUCUUAGAUUCUGGUUGAAAUGUAAUCUAUGGGUGUAUAUAAAAUUAAAGACUGUGUGUUUUUCUA